AUGUUACCAAGCACGAAAGAGUAUGCGAUCGGCGCCGUGCUGAUCCUGCUCGUAGAUGUGCUUUGGACAGGAUCCAACUACAUCUCCAAUACUGUACUAACGCAUGGCUACGAGAAACCAUUCGCCAUGACGUAUCUAUGCACAGCAUCUUUUACAUUGUAUCUUAUUCCCUUCUUUGUGUUGAUAAGGCAGGGGUCUGGACGCGAACAGGCUGAGACUUGGUGGUCCAAGCUAGGAUUCUACUUACCUCAUAUGUCGAACGCGAUACCUACACGCGCUGGUCGCCCAUCAUAUACCGCGGAAACACGGCGGCCUGCGAUUCGUCUUCGUCCCUCGUCUAUCGAUGGUCGUCGGCCUGCAACGGAUCUUCCCGUGAGUCCGCGAAGAAAAAGUGUUUCUCGACUGCCCGAGACGCAGGCGUUGAUCGGGCAGAGAGACGAGGAAGUACCUUCACAGGGUGAGAACUCAAGCCUGUCGCAUGCAGAAGCGCUCGUCCAUGCAUCCGAGCUGCCGCCACUCUCGAUUAGAGAAACUGCGGUGCUUUCAAUGGAGUUUGCUGUGAUAUGGUUCGUCGCAAACUGGUCGUUUGUUGCCGCCUUGGCGUAUACAAGCGUGGCCAGCGGCACAACUCUCGGCAGCACAAGUGGAUUCUUCACUCUUGUACUUGGCAGUGUCUUAGGCAUCGACCGGUUUUCUCUGUGUAAAUUUGCUGCGGUAGCACUCAGCUUUUUGGGCGUUGCUCUCGUGACAUGGGCCGAUCAGGACACCUCGCAUAUGCCACAGGCACCGACCAAACCCCUGCUAGGAGACGCAUUCGCACUUGCAUCUGCUUUAUGCUAUGCGGGCUACGUAACGCUGCUCAAGGUCCGCAUCGGCUCGGAAGAUCGCAUAUCCAUGCCACUUUUCCUUGGUUGCGUAGGCGCAUUCAAUUUGGUCGCAUUUUGGCCAGUGGGUCUUUUGCUGCAUGUGACGGGCAUGGAGCCCAUAUCUUGGCCUCACGACUCACUCACAACUCUGGGUAUUGUGUUCAACAUGUGUAUCACCGUCGUGUCUGAUUUUGCAUACCUUGCAGCAAUGCUCAAAUCAUCACCAUUACUGACGACCAUAGGUCUGUCACUGACCAUUCCCAUGGCUGUGUGCGGUGAUGCGAUUCGACAAGCCAUGGCGCUGUCACUACAAAGCAUAUGCGGAAGUAUUUUGGUCUUGACAAGCUUCGCCCAAAUUGCAUGGGACGAAAAUCGAUCGGGGUAA